AAGUCCUUUGAAAACAACAGUCAGGCCCCCAAUGCACUACCCCUUCUUCGUUCUGCACUACCACAACUAGCACAGAUCCACGUGCUAUGCUGCUGGGAAGAAGAUAUGAGAAAUGAGUGUUGGACGCAGAAGAUUAAAGCUGCUGGGAAUUCUGAUGAUGGUAAAUAUUUUUAUUUAUGUGAUUGUGGAAGUUUCAAAAAGUGGCAGCCAAGAGAAGAAUGCAAAAGGACGUGUUAUUAUACCGCGCAGCAAAUUCUGGAGAAAAUAUACUCCUCACAAAGCUUAUUGGAAUAAACAGCAACAGAAGCUUGAUCUGCUCUACAACCCUAUUUUGGCCUUGCUUUCCAAUAUGACUGUGGAAGAGAACUUAAUUUCUAACUCUAGUGUUCUCAGCUCCUGUGACCCUGACCCGUGGGUAACUUCGGAGGUUAGUGACUUUGCAAACUUGCCAGAAAGAUUUAAAGAUUUUCUGCUUUAUUUGAGAUGUAGAAAUUAUUCGUUAUUAAUGGAUCAGCCCAACAAGUGCAAACAUAAACCUUUUCUGCUGCUGGCGAUCAAGUCACUCACACCACAUUUUGAUAGAAGGCAAGCAAUUAGGGAAUCCUGGGGCAAAGAGAUACAAUCGGGGGACGUAACAGUCAAAAGGGUCUUCUUACUUGGACAGACCCCACCAGAGGAUAACUUUCCUGAUCUUUCAGGCAUGAUAAAAUUUGAGAGUCAAACCCACCAAGACAUUCUCCUCUGGAACUACAGAGACACUUUCUUCAAUUUAACUCUGAAAGAGGUGCUGUUUCUUAAAUGGGUCAGCAGCAGCUGUGCAGAUGUCCAGUUUAUUUUUAAGGGUGAUGAUGAUGUGUUUGUGAAUACCCAUCAGAUCCUGGAUUACUUGAAGAGCUUAUCAAAGGACAAAGCCAAAGACUUAUUUAUAGGUGAUGUGAUCAAAGAUGCUGGACCUCACAGAGAAAAAAAAUUGAAGUACUACAUCCCAGAAAGUGUUUAUGAAGGUUCAUAUCCUCCAUAUGCAGGGGGUGGUGGGUUUCUGUACUCUGGUGAUCUGGCAUUAAGACUGAAUAAUGCAUCUGACCAGGUACUCCUUUAUCCUAUUGAUGAUGUCUAUACUGGAAUGUGCCUUCAGAAGCUUGGCCUUGCUCCAGAAAAACACAAAGGCUUCAAAACAUUUGAUAUUGAAGAGAAAUACAGAAAUAACAUAUGUUCCUACACAAACUUAAUGUUAGUGCAUAGUAGAAAACCUCAAGAAAUGAUAAAGAUUUGGACACGCUUGCAAGAUCCACACUUAAAUUGUUAAAGUAAUGCGCUUAAGUGUUCUAGGUCCCAAUAACUUUCCAAGUUUGGGUCUGACUUGGUGAACCAUUGAAGCUCCAUGUAAUAGUUUUCAAGUUUUCUCUGGAAAGUUUUUCCAGUUCUUCUGAAAGUGAGAAUAAUACUAGAAUUUGAGGGGGAUGGCAUGAAGUCUUGGUCCUGAUUUUUCCACUGUUCUAGUGGUCAUUAUGUUUCAAUAUUUGUCUAAAUUAAUUUUUAAAAAGAAUUCAAAGGUGUAACUAGCUGUCAUUGAUUGGUUAGCUAUAUUGGAAGCAAGAAUUGCCUACUACUGUGCAUCUUUCGUUAAUUGUGAUGGUGGAAGAUAAUUUUUCCUUGAGUAAUGUUUGUGUGGGGAUGAGUGAAACACCACUGUAAAUUGAAAGGUCACUAAUUGGGAUAAGGUAAAAGUAUGAAACACUCGAAAGCAACUAAUUUGAUUUUUUUUUCUUGUUUUAAUAUAUGGUUUUUGGUCUUUCUGCACCCCUAAAGAGUAUUUUCUCCUUUACACGUGAUCUUUUGUGCGAAGGGUGGGUACCUGUGUCUAAAGAAUUUACCCUUUCAUUGGAUGAUGCUUUUUUGCACCAAAAAAAGGAAAGUAUACUAUGGUUUCAGCCGCCCUGUAGAAGAUAAGAGCUGAACUUAUAAGGGGAAGGAUUUUGUUUUGGGCUGGGCAGUGGGUAUGGUUCUAUCUGCUUUUUUUCAAAGGCCACUUGAAAAAAAGCUGACUUGCUACUCAUGUUAUUUAUGUGAAAGGCUACUCUGGUCAGUCCUUGUUUUCUGUUUUGGCACUAAAAUGAUCAGGUAGCUUGAUUUGAUGCAAAUAACUGACAUUGCACACUGCUUAUGAGAGCAUGGUUUGGAUCACUCCUAUAAAGUGGUAGCAAAUCUAGAAUUGUGCAGAUCCUAGAAGUUUUGAGUUUUGAAACAAACUUUGAAGUUGCAUGAUGUCUCAUGUAGAGUUAAACAUGUUCUCAAAACUCAGAUUUUUUUUUCUGUAUUUCCACAUCUUGCUUAUAAGAGUUAUUCUGAAUAGUGAUUGCUUCCUUUGUAUAUGUAGAAGUGCCUGUCUAUUUAUUGUUCAGAUUAAAGACCAAAACAUUUUCUUAAAUAUAUUUUGUGAAACAUUUUAUUUGUAUAGUGUUGUCACUCAGAUAUUUAAAUAGAGCAUGAUAUUUUAAAUCUGUGAGAUGUGUAACAUGUUAAAUAAAGCUAAUUGUUAUUUUUGAAUUUGGAAAAAUAAAAUGUGAUUUAAAUA